CAUCCAUUUGUUGUUGAUGCUAGAGCGGUGAUGGAGAAGCCGGAGGACGGCCACCGGCUCCGCUAAGCUAGCAGCGACUCGGCUCAGAAACCCGUGAGAAGGAGGCAAGUGGAAGACAGAGGAGAGGUAGCGGUUAAACCGGAGCGGAGAGAGACACACAGAGAAUGGAGACCGUUGAGCAGCUCGUCUCUUUCCACCACAUUCAGGUCCAGUUGAACGGGGGCGCGCCUUGGGGGUUCACGCUGAAAGGAGGUCUGGAGCACGGCGAGCCGCUAAUCAUCACUAAAAUCGAGGAUGGAGGGAAGGCGGCCCACUGCAAGAAGCUGAAGGUUGGCGACGAGCUCAUUAACAUAAACGGCUCCGCCCUCUACGGCAGCAGACAGGAAGCCCUCAUCCUCAUCAAAGGCUCGUACAGGCUGCUGAAGCUCACAGUCAGGAGACGCAGCGUCCCUCUCAUCAGACCUCACUCGUGGCACCUGGCAAAGCUAUCGGAGCUGCCCCUUCCUCCCCCUCCCCCUCCUCCAUCUCCUCCGCCGCCGCCCUGCCUCCCCCCGGCCGACUCCCCCCCUCUCCCCCCUCCCCCUCCUCCGUCUGCCAUGCAGCUCCACCCUGGCCCCUACACAAUACCCUGGCACUCAACAGACAACAGUGACUUGUCCAUGCAGUGGGGUCAGUUGUCCAGACCUUACUCCUCCACUGACAGAAGCAGUUCCCUGGGUUCCAUGGAGAGCUUGGACACGCCGACACCCAGCACACAGCCAUACUCGGACUCCCAUAAUUCACCCGUCGACCCCACCCUCUUCAACAACAAGAGGGACUCUGCCUACAGCUCAUUUUCGGCCAGUUCAAACACAUCCGACUACGCAACGGUGCCGCUGAGGCAGGGGGAAGCCUGCUCCAUGGAUAACCUGCUUCAGAGCCUAGGGCCAACUUGUCAAAGCUUCCCAGAUGGUGUAACCUCAACCCUGGGGAGUUCAUCUGCUCAUGUCCCAGAUGAAGUACAGGAGAUUGUGCACAAAUCCAGAUCGCUGACCAGGCCAAGACCAAGGACAGUUGAGGUGAAAGAGAGGCCCUCGUCCUGCUGUUAUGAGCAGGAGCACAGAUCAGGUGAUUUUGAGAGUUUAAGAAAUGGAGAAAGAGGAGAGGAAAGAAAGAGGAACCCUCCACAGCCUCCAACCAGGAAGGACAGUUUCAGAGCAACCCACAGUCGUCCAAAUCCCACCAGUAAACGGUGUGCUUCUGCUCCUAUUGAAAAUUCAAGUGUAUCUUGUUAUUAUGAGGAAAACAAGUCCUCAUUGAACGUUGUAUCAGGAAUUCAUAAUGGCUUCUCUGAACCAGGAAGUGACCAAAAUUUAAACGAGGAGUCACAUUAUAUCAAAGGACAGACGAAUAACGUUAUACAAAUCAGGCGUGACACUAGUGCUAAUAAGGAGUGCAAAUUGGAGACUGCCUCAGAUCAUCUCCCUGACCCAGUAACGUCCUCCCAAGUCCUGUCCACCUCCUCUAGUCCUGGCUCCUUACCAGCAGAAUCCAUGGAGGUACAAGGGCAGUCUCAGAGUAUGCCACCCUCUAUGGAGCUACACCGCCACAGUGCUGGACAACUUGAGUUAUUACAGUGCAGCAGUGAUGGGACACCAUUCGAGCCUUCUAAUCCCUCAUUGUCCCCCUGUAUCAGCCAGUGGUCCCCUUCAUCACUUCAGCCCACAAGGGACGACCAGGAGUCAUGUCAUACCCAAUCAAAUAAAUGGGAAGACAGCCGAUGCUCGACCCCAGGGUCUGUGUUCUUGGAUGGUGAUGAUGGAGACUCAAGUGAGAGGCAGGAAGGCAUUGGUGUAAAUGACAGGUCCUCCCUACAAAAUCCUCAUCACAUACCUUGGGGUCGCUCUGUGAGCGUACCAGGGGAACCCACAAAUCUGGAAAGAUUGGGUACUGAUCAGAUUCUAGAGAAUGAUUUUGAGCCUCUGAGUGCUGCUGCCAGCAUGGAUACCCUACUGGAGGAGCAAAGGGUGGUGGAGAAGGGAGGGGAAAAGGUGGUGGAUGUAGCAGGAGAGGCAUGUAUGAAGAAGUCAAAUUCGUCCAGGAACCAUCGAAGGAACCGUCGUCGAAACGAGCGAUUUGCUACCAACCUCCGCAAUGAGAUCCAGAGGAAAAAGGCACAACUUCAGCGCAGUCAUGGCCCAGGAGGGUUGCUCUGUAGUGGAGAAACUGUUCAGGAGGAGGGUCCAGAUGUCUGUGAGGAGGGGGCUGACCCAGACCUGCCCGCCCAGGAAAAGUCUGUUCUUCACGAUCCCAAGACGUUGGCACUUGUCAAGUCAUCAAAGCCCUCCAGUGAAACAAACCAUGUUAUUUUGCACACCCACUCCACAACCUACCCACAGAACAACAACCUGUCCAGAUCUGUCCAGAUCCUAGAUCCAGGCAUUCCCAGUUUUGGUGUUGGUAUUAGAGUUGUAGAGGAACCAGCUCCUGCUGGAAAGGCCCGCCGUUGGCGCUGGACCCCUGAGCAUAAACUCCAACCAGAACCUGAUCGAGACAGACGGACUGGAGUCAUGGGUGAAAGGGUGUUAGGGGUCACAGGGUCACGUCAUGGGGUUUGCACCUUCACCUCCUCAUCCACGUCUACCUACACUCGUUCCUCUUCUCGAACAGAGGAAUCGGAUCUCCUUCCAUUUGCAGAUAGAAUGAAGUUUUUUGAGGAGACAAGCAAGGGGAUGUCUGGGUCGAAUGUCCCAACACUGUCAAGUUACAGGCAGAAAAAAAACUCCAACCAACCGGAGCACCAGGGGGUAGAGCACAGUAAGCAACCACCCCAAAGGAGAUAUUCCUACCAAGGGGGACUUCAGCAGGAAGGUGUCCUGCCUCCAAACACUAUGGAGGCCAGGAGACAGUCCAUGAGUACAAUCAGGGAGAGGCAGAAAGAGAGGGAACACGCUAGAGAAAGGGAGGAGAAGGCGAGGGAACAACAGCGGGAAGAGAGGUUACGCGAAAGGGAGAUGCAGCAGGAGAAGGAACGACAAGACAGGGAACUAGAAAUGGAGCAUGCAAGGCAGAGGGAGAUUCAACGGGAGAGGGAACGAGAGGAGAGGGUGAAACAGUGGGAAAGAGAGCUUGUGUUGGAAAGAGAAAAAGAGAUGGAGAGGGUCAGAGAGAAGGAACGAUUCAAAAAAGAAAGAGAGAAAGAGCUUGAGAGAGAAAGAGAACAGGAAAGGGAAGAAGAUUCUCAGCUCACCUCACAUCAGGAGUUUUAUGGCAGUUCUGGUAUUAGAGAAAGAAAUCAAGACUUCCAACACAAGGAUAACUUCUACAACUUCCAGCCCAAGCCUCAGGGGUUCUCCCACAACCAAACCCAGAAUCAAGUCUUACGAUCAGCAUUUUACCCAGUCAACACCCCUUCACAGCCACUGGAGAAGCAGGGACACACAGCAAGGAGCUACACUCCUACUGAGACGCGUCCCGCCCGGCAACAGGAAACGACCAAGCUCAACAGGAAGUACAGUCUGACCGAGAGAGACUACACAAGCUGGAGGCGGGAGUCCAGACCACCAGAGAGCUCCAGUCAGUACCACCUCCACCAGAGUCGAUGGAACAGACAGGCCGACAGCAGCAGCGUGGACCACAACGGGUACUCCUACGCUCCUCCACCAGCCCCUCUUUCGCUCCGAGGACGAGCCAUGUCCGAAAACGAUCUCCGCUUUGACAGCAGCCACCGCUGGUCGCCGUCAAUCUCCGCGGCGACCAGCCAGACUCUGAGUGAGGUGGAGGAAGUAGCAGGAGGCGUCAGAGGUGGAGAUGCAGCGAGCACUGCCAGGCAAAACAGGAAGAAGGCGCUGCCUCCACCGAGACCGCCCCCACCAAAGUGGGAGCAGUUCCACCGCCGACGUGCAUCUCACCACGCCCUGUUCUCCUCUUCUUCUAUUGCUCCCCAGUCAGUCUCUCCGUCCCUCAGCACUGCAGAUGGACACUACUCGGCUCACUCUUCCUCCUACGUCCCUCCUCCUGAAACGUCCAGGCAGAGGUCUUACAGUCUUCCUCCAGAGAGGCAGGAAGUGGCGGAGGGUUGCCCGCGAUGUUGCUGCAACCAAACUCAAACCCAGGGACUCGCAUCCGACCACGGCCCGUCCGCUCAGAAUCAGACCCAGUUUCAGGACCGGCCCUUCGCUGUCGCUCCACCCAGUCCCAUGUUAUCCAGGAGGGGUUUCAGACCGGUGGCUCCACCCCAGCGAGAAGAGGAGGGAAGCCUGAGAGAAAUAGUGGUGUCAUCUCGACCUCCACCUCCACCAGCAGAGACUAAUGUGAGUCGCGUGAGACCUGGAGCUGGGUGGGACAGAGGCCCAUCUCCCAGAGUUCAUAGCGACGCAGCACCUCCCCCUGUCUUAGAAAAUGGAUCCGCUGGUGUGGUUUCACCUUCUGAUCCCUACUACAGCCAAAUCAAGUACCAGCAGCAGCAGCAGAUCAUCAAGGGCUUCCAGACAGAAGAGCCACAGAAGAUGCCCGAACCAGGAACGGAAUCAGAGACGACCCUCAGCCCGAGCCCUGCACACAGCCUGGAGGCUGAGCUGGACAUCCCCGUAGAGACGGACAUCGACGAUUUCCAGGAUGAAGAGCUCCCAGCAGAGGACAUGCCCAUCACCAGCGAGCUGCCCUGCUUUGCCCUACCUGUCACAGUGCUGGAGACGGACAUCGACACGAUGCCCGACCCUGAGGACUCACCGCCGGGCAGGGCGAGGACAGAGAGCUGCUCACUGGAGGAGGAGCUGGAGGCAGGAGAGGGCAGCAGAGAAAGGCUGAGCCUGGAGGAGCUCUUUCCCCAGAGCAGCGAGGGAGAGUCGGGCACGGAGAGCUGGAGAGGAGCCUACCAAACCACGGAGCACAGCACCGACAGCUUGGACAGGCGGUCCGGUGCGAGCUCCAGCUGUUCGUCCUACUACAGCACAUCAGCGGCGAAGGCUCAGCUGCUGUCACAGAUGAAGGACUUCACAGACAACAGAGAGAGGGACGAGGACGACGAGCUAACCUACAAGAAACAGCUGAUGGAGAGCCUCCGCAAGAAGCUGGGGGUCCUUCGGGAAGCUCAGAGGGGGCUGCAGGAUGACAUCAGAGCCAACGUACAGCUGGGAGAGGAGGUGGAGAGCAUGGUGGUGUCUGUGUGCAAACCCAACGAAGUGGACAAGUUCCUCAUGUUCAUCGGUGAUCUGGACAAAGUGGUCAGCCUGCUGCUGUCUCUGAGAGGGAGGCUGCUCAGGGUGGAGACCACGCUGGACACGCUGGACCCUGAGACUGAGCACCAUGAGAGGCUCCCCCUGCUGGAGAAGAAGCGUCAGCUCUUGAGGCAGCUGUCGGAGGCUCAGGACCUGAAGGACCACGUAGACCGCAGAGAGCAGGCCGUCAGCCGGGUGCUGGCCCGCUGCCUCUCUCCAGAGCACCACCGAGACUACAGCCACUUUGUGAAGAUGAAGGCCGCUUUACUGGUGGAGCAGAGACAGUUGGAGGACAAGAUCCGGCUGGGAGAGGAGCAGCUGAGGGGGCUGAGGGAGAGUCUGGGGCUGGGCCUGGGAAUAGGAAUGGGAAUGUCGAUGGGAUACGGACAUUAUUGAAGACUAAAAAGUUGAAGAAGAAGACAAAGAAGAAUGCAGUCUAUCCAAAACCUGGAAGGAAAGUAGAUGACUUCAGCUGAGUGGAUAUCUGUUUUAAACCAGGCAUAAACAUGCAGUUUACAGACACCCACCAUCCAUAACAUUUUGACCAACUACCUAAUAAUUUGUAUGUCACCAUUUUACCGGCAAAACAACCCUAACCCGUCAAGGCGUGGACUCCUCUAGACCUCUGAAGGUGUGCUGGGGUAUUUGAUACCAAGACAUUAGCAGCAGAUCCUUUAAGUCCUGCAGGUUUCCAAAGUGGGACCAAGGUGGUACCUCCAUGGACCACACUUGUUUGUCCAGAACGUCCCCAACAGAUGUUCAAUUGGAUUGAGAUCUGCUAGAUCUAGAGAAUUUGGAGGCCAUGUCAACGCCUUGAACUCGCUGUUGAGUUUCUUAAACCAUUCCUGAACCAUUGCUGAUUUGUGGCAGGGAGCAUUUUGCUGCUGAAAGAGGCCACUGUCAGCAUGGAACAACAUUACUGUGAAGGGUUGUACAUGGUCUACCCAAAGCAUCACACUGCCUCCUAGCUGCCUGAUAUAUGCUAGGUGAGAUAAUCAUUUCUCCCAUCUUAAUGUUAUGGUUGAUGGUGUCAAAGGUGUUCAAAGACAUAUUACCCGUCUUGAAAUUAGUUUGAGGACCAAAUAUUCCACUGUGGCCUGUUGGCAUAACUUAGCAUAAAGGUGUCUCUUUACCGAACAGCACUUCUAAAAAUCACUGCUAAACAAAUUAGCAGUUGAGAACCUGACUGUUUCAGCUGAAGUUUUCCUGUAGCUUCAUAUUUACCAUCCCAACAUGUGAGGUUCGUAAACAAACCAACUCCCUUAAAGGUUUUAGGCAGACGGGCUAGAACAGACUUUUAGUAAUGGAGACCAAAAGAGGCCAAAGGCUGGAAAAAGAAGAAGAAGAAGGAGAAAGUCGAGCCUAUGUAGCUCACUCGCUACAAGCACAUUAUUAACAGAGACUUUAUUGGUCAGUGACCAGUUCUUAUCACAAUAUGUCAGCGCACUAUUCUGGACAGUCCUAUAACCAAUCACUGCCAUUUUGUUGCAUAAAGACCACCCAAAUGAUGUGACUGACCCGGCAGAUCUUUGCAGGAGCAUCAUCAGCUCUCAACGGAGCCACUCCAGACCAAGGUGGACUUUGGCUUGGCUUCCUGGCUAAAGCUUCACAUUAAGGCCAUCUACUAGUCAUUGGUCGAGUUUAAAAUAGAUCCUUUAGCUAAACAUUUUGUGCCUGAAACAUCUACUGUAACGCUCAACACUUUCUUCUACUACCACACUACGUUGCCAAAGACAUUAUCGCUUGACGGAUGUGUCACUGAGACGCUGCUCGCUGUGUGUUUUUUGUUUUCUUAUGUAUUUAAAUCUCCUGGUUCAGAGAAUCAAAGGAGAAUUUGUGUUUUAGUUUUAUUUUGGUGCUCCUGUUAUACACUAAGGCCAAUAUUGCGAGAUAUGCAGCCUUUGCAGCCUUAUUAACUACUGCAUUAUCUACUUUAAUAUCACUUUGUAUUCCUAUUACUGUAAUGUGGGGUUUGACACUCCACUGCCUUGCCAUGAAAUGAUCAUUAUGUACAGAAGAUGCUGUGUUUAUAAUGUACAUAGUGGUUUUGAUAUUUGAAACGACUGGAAUUGGAUGUAAAAGAUGAGUGAGAAGACCUGGAAAAGUCAACGUUUACUGCACAUGUUGACAGUCAAUAUGUUUGUUUAAGUGACACUUUCACAAUGUUUCUUUUUCACUUGGCCUGCAGGUCGCAGCCUGUUAGCUUAUCUUGGCAUAGCACAGAGACUGGAAACGAGGGGAAACAGCUAGGUUCACUCUCCAAGAAAAGGAAAAUAUCCUGUCAACAAAGCUCAUAUUAUAGUUGUUAAAUAAAAAAAUACAAUGGUUCAAACAACACAGAAGCAAAUACUGUCAGCUUGGAUAUGUGUCCAAAUGGUUAGCUUUUGCACUACACACCAUCAGUUGGUUAUUUUUGUUUCUGUAAAAAAUAUUAUGAAAAUGCCGUGCUGAAAUGCCACCAUAUUGCUAACUGCUAGUGCUAAUGGAGUUUAAGUGUAGAAAAACAUGACGGGAUAGUUGUUUUAGCUAGCUUGUUUUAAAGUAGUUUAGCUUAGGUUAGCAUGAGGAUUGAAAAGAGGAAAACAAUUCACAAAGCUGUUUUAAAUACAGUAUUCUGAAAUGAACAUUGCACUGCUAUCUGCACAUGCUAAUGGAGCAUAUAACACUAAAGAAGUUUUGAAAGCAGACUGUACAAACUAGCUAUUUACUACAUAGAUGGUGGAAGGCUAACUAUUCAUAGAGUCCUAGCUAGAUUGUUUUUACUAUAAACCACAUAUAAAAAAAAAUUUAAAAAUCAUACAUUUUUUUCUCUGUUUCCUGUGUUUGUGCUAAGCUAUGCUAACAGGCUGCUGGCUUUAGCUAUAACAUGAAUGGUGGAGAAUGGUGAGCCCAACAUUUCAAAACCUUGAGUUAUAGUUUAAGUUGACUAAACAAGAACGUCAACAAUAAGCAGACGGACGGAUUCCUGUUGUUCUAGUUAAUUGUCAACCUUUACAGCUCUCCUUUAAACUCGGAAUGAUUAACAUCUUGCGAUCUUGCCAGAUUCUCCAGGGCUUUAUCCAAACAAAACAAACGUCAGGUGAAGAUAGCGAGGAGACAAAUGUGUAUUUGUGUCAGAUUUGUGCUUUAUCAGUUUCACUGGUUAUCGGCUGAUGAAAUAAACUCAGUCUGGUUACAAACAGGUUAAGGUUCAUUAUGUUAGAGAUUGACUCACUUUCAACUUCUGCUGUUUUAAUACUAAAAUACUUUUUUUUCUUUUGUACAUACUCAGUGUAUUCUUGUACUAUACCACAUAUUUUCUAAACUGACUGGAAGUGUACUGAUCUGACAAGAGAUGAAAAGAAGAUACCUGUUGGACAUUUGAGAGUGUAUUUCUUCUGUUUGUUUAUUUUGAUUCAUUACAAACCCUUUUUUUGUGAAUACAUUACCAAAAGCCUUUUUUUUGUAACUGCAAAAAUACUUGUGUGAGAACAAAAGUACCAUAAAUAAUAAUAAUAGUAUUUUAAACUA